GGUACCGUUCGUAUUUGAAAACAUGGAUCCCAAAAAAGUGGAUGGAGCUUCAGACAAGAUGGGUGGUGAUGGAGACAUUGGAUCCGUCAUGGGAUUUUCUGGGUUUGGUAAGAAAGCCCGCACCUUUGACUUUGAUGCCAUUUUUGAGCAGACACGGCGAACAGCAAUUGAGAGAAGUCAGCAUGUCUUAGAGGAGAGGCAGAAGGAGACUCCGAUGGAGGAGGAAGGGGAGAGCUCCAAGUCAGUCAAACCCUUGGUUCACAGUCAGAAAGAAAAAGCUGCAGCUGCUUCUUCAAGGGUACACAAGAGUGACAGCAGCAGUGGAUCAGAUUCUGACUCUGACUCUGACUCUGAGCUUAUCGGACCCCCGGUGCCUCCUCAACAUGCAGCCCAGGAGGAUGACGAUGAGCUUGUGGGGCCACCUCUUCCUCCAGGUUACUCAGGCAGCACAGCUCACAGUGAUGAUGACGACGAAGAGGAAGCACAAGAUGAUGAUGAUGAUGAUAAUAAUCCAGUGAAGAAGAUUCCAGACACUCAUGAGAUCACUCUGCAGCACGGCACCAAGACAGUAUCAGCUCUUGGCUUAGACCCCUCUGGAGCCCGUCUGGUGACCGGCGGAUACGAUUACGAUGUGCGUUUCUGGGACUUUGCCGGGAUGGACCAGGCUCUGCAGGCCUUCAGAUCCCUGCAGCCCUGUGAGUGUCAUCAAAUCAAGUCCCUGCAGUACAGCAUCACCGGUGAUGUCAUCCUGGUCGCUUCUGGCAACGCACAGGCCAAGGUGUUGGACCGUGACGGCUUCAACGUCAUGGAGUGUGUGAAGGGAGAUCAGUACAUUGUGGAUAUGGCCAACACCAAGGGCCACACGGCAAUGCUGAAUGGCGGCUGCUGGCAUCCGAAGAUUAAGGAGGAGUUCAUGACCUGCUCGAACGAUGGCACCGUGCGCACCUGGGACCUGCACUCAGAGAAGAAGCACAAGUCGGUGUUCAAACCGCGCUCCUUGCAGGGGAAGAAGGUCACCCCCACAUGCUGCGCCUACAGCCGUGAUGGGAAGCUCAUCGCAGCAGGCUGCCAAGAUGGCACCAUCCAGAUCUGGGACAGAAACCUCAGCGUUCAUACAAAGUUUCACUGUCGGCAAGCCCACACUCCGGGUUCAGACACCUCCUGCCUCUCCUUCUCCUACGAUGGAAUGACUCUCGCUUCACGUGGAGGCGACGACACUAUGAAGAUGUGGGAUAUACGCAACUUCAGGAAGCCUGUGAACGUAGCCACUGGACUGACCAACUACUUUUCCAUGACCGACUGCUGUUUUAGCCCCGACGACAAGCUUCUUGUAACGGGGACCUCGGUGAAGAAAGACGAGGGAAACGGGAAGUUGGUUUUCUUUGACCGAGUUUCAUUUCAGAGGGUCUACGAAAUCGAAGUCACCAAUGCAAGCGUCGUCCGCUGCUUGUGGCACCCGAAACUUAACCAGAUAAUGGUGGGAACCGGGAACGGACUGGCCAAAGUAUACUAUGACCCUUUCAAAAGCCACAGGGGGGCGAAGCUGUGCGUCGUGAAGAGCCAGCGCAAAGAGAAGCAAGCAGAGACGCUAACGCAAGAUUACAUCAUCACACCUCAUGCCUUACCCAUGUUCAGAGAGGCCCGACAGCGCAGCACACGAAAACAGCUGGAGAAGGACCGGCUUGACCCAAAGAAAUCCCACAAACCCGAGCCUCCUGUGUCCGGUCCAGGCCGAGGAGGCCGAGUGGCAGCUCACGGUGGCACCCUGUCGUCAUUCAUCGUGAAGAACAUCGCAUUAGACAAAACCGAUGACAGCAACCCGCGAGAAGCCAUCCUACGUCACGCCAAGGAGGCGUCGGAGAACCCGUACUGGGUCGCCCCAGCGUACACACAGACCCAGCCAGAGCCCGUGUUUGCAGAGGAAUCAGAGGAGGAUGAGGAAGCUGACAAAGAACCCGAGUGGAAGAAACGCAAGAUCUGAUAGACAGCAGCUCAUUUAAUGCAGGACAGCACACAGGGUGGGCUAGAACACAGAGGUACUGUCAAGAACUCUGCUUAGGAGCAUCAGUUAAAUUGCUAAAUUGUCUUCCCACCCCGUAAUGUUAUUAAGCAUUUAUGUGCGUGCUUCUGUGUUAAAGGGGGGGAAGCACAUAAAUCUAAAUGGAAUUUUCACUGUGCAAGCAUAAUAUAAUUUUAUACAGGUUUAUGUUCCUCUCAUUGCGAUUCAUAAGCCACUGGAAAAACUUGGCUUUUUUCAUGUCACUCUUGAUUGUAUAGACUUUAUUUUCAUCAUUUCCAUCCUCCUCUCACCCUACAUCUCCAGAGUUUGCUAAUGCCUCAUAAAUCGGCUCCAGAUUUUGUGGUUUUGGAGCUGUUCAUCACCAUGAAGAACACUUUGCCAGUUUAUAAAAAGUAAAUCACAAAGAAGAACAAAAAAUUUCAGCCAGUUUUGCUUUGGAAUGUUUUUAAAAGGCUUGACAGUUUUAAAAGCUGUACUUUUGGGGUGGUUGUGAUAUACAAAGCUCCAUUCAAUCAUCUGCUAAUUUAGUUGUUUUGUUUUUUUUUCUACACACUGUAUUCCGAAACCUAAAUAAAAGAAUUUGUAUCCUCUUGUCAAA